GCUACUACUACUGCAGCAAGCCAUACGUCUCAUACUCGUCUCGAUCCGGAUCGUCUCUGCAGUGCUAGUCAGAACUCCUCGGCUUUUGGUAGGCUACAGGAUGGAAGUUUCACAAUACCUUUUCACCGAUGUGUAUCGACACACAUCUCCGUCUUCUUGCCAGUUCUCUCCCGGUACCACCUUCUUUGCUGUAGCGGUCGAGGAUCAUGUAAUCGUGAGGGUCACGGAAACGAUGCAACUCGUCAGGACUUGGGCUUGUCGUAUACCCACAGAAACAGAAACCAAUGCUGCCAGGUCCGAAAUCAGACAGGUCUUAUGGUCCCCCGACUCGAACUACAUCAUGGCAUGCGCGCCGCGAAGUGGGUGCACUUGGAUCUUUGGACUGGCUGAUCCAUCCGAGAGUCCCCGAGCGAUCGUACAAGCUGGAUCCGAAGGACUCGUCAGAUCAGAAUGGAGCCCAGACAGUACCGCGGUGCUCUGUUUCUCGGAGCAACGGCUGCGGCUUUCGAUAUACAGCAUCGCUGGAGCUCCAACAUCCUACAUCGAGAGCUUCAAAUCACCUUCCGGGUGCCACUCUUAUCGCCAGGAUCGUCGGUAUUUCGCUGUGGCGGAAAAACAUAAGGGAAAAGAAUCGCUGGCUAUCUACGAUGCUGGGGACCAGUAUAACCUGAUCAGGAGCUUUCCCAUCGCGACGCACGACGUGCAAGGCGUCUCAUGGUCACCGUGUGGUCGAUGGAUAGCUGUUUGGGAUCAUCGUCUCGAGUAUUCUUUGCAUGUGUAUUCGCCACUUGGACCACGCUUGACCACGUUCUCUUCAACGGCCCCAUCCUUUAUCGGACCGGACCCGGGACUGGGAGUAAGGCUUCUUGCCUGGGGACCGGGAGGAAAUUGGCUAGGUGUUGGCGGAUAUGACGGCAAGGUACGUAUUAUCGAGGCCGACGGGUGGCGUUGUAUGUCCACUCUGGAUCCCGCAAGACACAAGCGUCGACAUGAUACGACAAUAUGGACCGAACCCCUGGAUUGGUACAUCGAUGCUGCUGAACAAGGGCCGAUCACAUUGUCACGAAACACCGGAGAAAUCACCUGGAACACCGUGUCGAGUCAAGCAGGCCGAGUAAAAGAAGCUAUUGGCGUCGUGCAUCUCGAAUGGAACGCAGACGGAACUUCCCUGUUCGUCCACUCUGAAAACACGCCCAACGACGUGCACAUCUUCGACUUCUUACCCUAUCCCAGCGCUUCAGGUCCAGCGGAGAUUCGGAUACAGACGAUUCUCCACCUAAGCGAACCUGUAAGACAGGCUAAAUGGAAUCCAGCUCGUUUGCAGUGCAUCGCUGUCGUCACUUUGGCUGCUGAGGAGAACCUGCGCGGUACUGGUUCCGGAGUAUUCUUGUGGGACGGAGACUGGGAAGAGGAGAGAUCGGUCAAUCCCGAUUCGCGCACCUCGGGGUCCGCAGCGGUUAUAGCCAUUCCUUUGGGUUCAUUUGAGACGCACGACAUUCGUUGGUCUCCAGACGGUGAUCAUCUGUGUAUCAUCGACAAGAGCCGCGUUUGCAUCGUCCGUGAAUCGACGAUAGACGACAGUACACCUAAUGCAAGAGCGGUCACGGACCUGUCCACAAUCGCCGAAUAACCGCUUCACUCAUGACCAGGGGAAAAGAUCGUGCUCGUCUGGAACGAGGACGCGCCGGA